CACAAAAGCAAGGCUUUAUUCCCCACAUGUUCUGAUCGAGAACGUUUGAAUUUUACAACACAUUUUUUUAGAUACUAAAAAUUGCAGAGUACAAAAUUUGGAUACGGGACCACCAUGAGUUUCCACAAAAAGUUGAACGACUUCCACCGGAAGUUGGACCUGGCCAAAUGGUACAUGGGCGUGUCCACGCAGCAGGAGACGGCGAUGUUCACCAUGUCGGAGAGCCUCCGCGAUGACUACGAGCAGGGAACGGGUGAGCAGAUGUACAAGGCCCUGAUUGCCCUGGGAAUCCAACCGGUGAUAUCCAAGAAGAAGAUCAGCCGGAUGGUCCAGCUGAGCAGGAACAACAUCCUGGCCUUUCUCUACUUCGUGAUGGAGGGUUACUACAAGACGUGCCAGAAGGAUGGAGUCUACAGCAUAAACGAACAGUUGCUGAUGAACGCCAUAGCCAAGAUCGACAUGUUGGCCACCAUUCGAGGUCUGGACACGGUGCUCCCGAGGCCCCCACAAAAACUACCCGAGGCGGAAGCCCAGUCGCUGGAUUCCGGGAGCGAAGCAGAGAAGCGCCCAUCGAAGAAGCGCUCCAAGAAAUCCCCCUACUUCCAGAGCCAGCCGAAACCCGUUCAGCGAACCUCCCGAUUGACCACCAAGCUCCCGAAGUUUGUGGUAUCCUUUAAGUUCUGGCCCAACGAUGGACCACCCAACUACGGAAAGGACGAAGAGGAGCCCUGGUACGCCCUAUACCGACUCAAUCCCGGCCAGCGUUUGAUCAAAAAAACCCUCUCCGAGACUCUGGAGCGAUAUUUCAAACUGGGUGGCUUGGAGAGCAGCCAGGAGGAGGAGGAGGGUAAGCCCAAGAGCCGGGAGCCAGAGCCCAAUAUGUGCCUGGUGCACAAGGGUCAGGUGCUCCAGUCGCAGCUUUUGAGGGACGAACUGGCGGUCAAGGCGAGGGAUCGCUGCCUGGAGCUGCUCGACGUGGCCGAGCCCUAUAGAAAGCUUAGGAAGGCGCGGAUUGUGGCCCAGUUGGAGCACGACAUCGAUAUAAUCAUGGCGCGCCAUCGCAACGCGAUGCACUGCGACCAGACCAAAGUGCUGACCAUUGAGAAUGCCGACUGCGUGCUGUGCCAGAAGAUGUUGGUAUCGCAGCCUUGGCCGGAUCCCAAGGAUCAGGCUGGUCGGGCUCUGGUUGGUGAUGAUAUCGGUAUAGCCCACACGGCUGCCAGCGAUACUUACCGGGGGAAGAGGCUCGAGGGAGGAGGAGGCAAGCCAAAAAAUAAAAAGGAUAAAAAGGGUAGGAAGGCAAAAAAGGAAGAGCCCCCGCCGGAACCCCCAAAGGAAGAGCCCAAGAAGGUGUCAACCUGGAAGCCGCCACCCCGCAAGCUGGCAAAAAGCCCCUUCCGUAUGCAUAACAUCGAAUUUGAUGACAAAUCCUCGGAGAAAUCUAGGACCAUACUGGACCCCUCGGAAUGCGGGGCUCCUCCGGCACCAAGAAAGUCGGCUGUAUCGUUCAUUUUGGCCAAGGGAAGACUCGAAUCGAAUUCCGAAAAGUGCAAAAUGCGGACCUCCACCAAACAGGUGAAAAAGAAGUUCUUCCGGGGACCGCGUUCCAAUAAGCCCUACAAGUUCAAGUACCAUCGGGUCUUCCAAUCCGGUCAACCAAAACCCUUUGACUUGCACAAGAUAGUGACCAAGACGUUUGUGAAGGCGCUGGGUAAGUCGGAGGAGGAUCGGGGGCAUGAUUCCUGCAACUAUGAUUGCCUAAUGAGCGAGAUGAUGAUUGAAGACGAGGUGCCCCCGGAGAACGAACCGGAUAAGAAGGUGGCUCCAGAGCCCCAAGCCCCGCUGGGCUUGUUCGAUGAUCCUGAUGAGGACAGGACCUCCGAUGACAGUCGGGAGACCCCGGAUAACUCGAGCAACCACAGCCUCCGCAGCCACGUGGAUUACAAGGCGGAGAUCGUGGAGGCGGUGGUGCGAUGUGCCAACGCCAUUUGGCAGAGGCAGGCCACCAUAAAGCGGGCCGAGAUGGAGCGGCUGGGCAGGAUGACCCCGCGAAAGGCCCUCACCUACAAGGAUACCAACAAGUUCGAUCCCGACAACGCGGAGCAGAUGAACCAGUUGCUCAAGGAUGGCCUACGAGCCCUGAGGAAGGAACCUCGCUUCGUGCUGGCCAGUCUGCCGGAGGCCCACAAGCUGCCAAUCCUGCGGGAGUGGAUCAAGAGGAGGUACGGCAAGACCUACAGCCAGAAGGAGCUGGACGAGAGUAUCACCGAGGCGAACAGGAUUUUCGAACUGGUCACCAUCUGCCAGAGCAGUCCCCCCGACCCCGAUCUCAUGGGUAUUGAUCGCCUGCCCAGAUCCCAGGAGAACUUUGACAACUACAAGCGGAUCAAGAAUACGGCUGCCAUCGUGAAGCAAACCUUCUAUGACCAGCUGAACGAGCGCUACUUGGAGACCGUGGGAUCCGCCUGGUACGCGAUGGGCAACUAUUUGGUGCCCGGAGGACCUCCUCGCAGGACCUUCUUCGCCUACAUAGCCUCGAACCCGCAGGAGAUCAUGCGGGCUAAGGUGUGGAACGGAGAGUUUCGAAAUCACCGCGCCUUCCGCGAGAAGAGGAAGGAGCAGGAGAGGCUUCUGGGCAAAAGUGGUAGUUAGAAAUAAGAGCACUUUGGUAUUCGAA